AUGUUAUCUCGAUUUCUUACUGAAUCAGAGUAUAAUUCAUACGUAUGGACGCCACUUUUAUGCUAUGCCUUCUUGGAGAAAGGGAACAUUCGAAUUUCUAGCGGGGAAAUUGCAUCUGUCGCAUAUGACAAAUUAAAAAAACUUGCCCAAAUUCAAACAAAAAGUGGUCCAAGAAUGGACUCGAGAGCGACUAUUUUGUCGAUUGGUCAAGAAGUGUUAAUUCAGGAGAAUGGGAGAUAUGACACUGCCAACAAAAGAAAGAAUGAUUUAUCGAAAUUAGAAUAUUGUUCAAAAGUGUUACUUGCCAGUGCAUAUCUAGCCUUGCCAACUGUGGCACGUCCAGAUAUCUAUAAAUUCGAAAUAUACCUGAUUCAAACAAACGAACUUUCAUUAUCACUAUAUGUAGCUUCUUAUACAUUCGAGAACACAAUUUGCAUGCUUGGUUUAACGGAUAUUACAAUUCCACGAACAAUUGAAGCUUUUCCAAAAUGCGUUGAAGCAGUGUGUAAAGUGUUAUCAUGGAAGGCACGAUCCCAAAAUAAUACCAAAAUUUUUCAUGAAUUAAUUGGAAAAUCUGCUUCACAAUUUCGUGAGAGAAAAUACUUUACUCCGAAAAAACUUGCGAAUGGAUCAAAAUCUCAAACAGAAAAUGCCGAGCUCAAGAAUGAAAUUGCAAAAUUAAAACGAGCUGUUAAGAAUAUUGAAAAGCAAAAUCGAAUAGAUACUAAUGAUUUAAAAUCUCCGGAAUAUUCCACUCCAUUACCUAACAAGAGUUGCUCAAAUGGUGAAAAUGCGCAGAUUAAAGAUUCUUCAACUCACCACGAAGCGGAUCAAUCCAUGACUAGCACUGACUUAGUAACUUCAGAACAGGUAGUUAACACAAUUUCCAAUACAUCUAACCUUAGUGAAACUUGCUCCGGAAAAUCCAAAUCAUUAGAAGAUAAAGAAAUUGAUGAUCAAGACUUAUCUUUAGUUAAUCAGGAUACUUCAACGGAAUCUGAAAAGACAAUAACAUCCUCAUCAUUAUGUGAUGCAAAAACCGUGACAAAAUGUCACGAUCUUAACAAUUCUGACACUUCCUCCGAAAUACUUGAAUCAGAUGAUCAAAUCGUAGAAGGUUUAAUACAAGAGAUAACUUGUAAUCAAGAACAAAUUAUUGUUUCUUCCGAAAUCACAUCCUCGAAUAACGGUAAGAUAGAUUUUACUGAAAUUAGUAAGUCUUGUAUACAGGAUAUGGAUCCAGGUUCUUUGCAAAGUUUAUCCGACUCAUUUGAUAAAGCAAUUAAAUCGGGUCAAAAACAAAUUUUGUGUUGGUAUUAUUAUUCUCUUGAAUUCGAAAAUAAGGUUAAAAGUCUUACAGGGGAUG